AUGAAUCUCACGUUCAUUCUCAGCACUAAUGUCGUCAGCGUGGAUCCCAAUUCGCUGGUAACACCAGAUCGCGACUAUGGCCGCCUCGGCACAAUCGUAGUGUCAACGAUACUUGUAGCCAUUAUGGCUGUCACUUUGUUUAUGAAUUCGCUGAUAAUCCUCGCGUUUUGUACAUCCAGACACGUCCGUAAGAUAAACAACUACUUCUUUUUCAGCCUGGCACUCACCGAUAUACUUAUGGCUGUGCUGGUCAUGCCAUGGAUGGCCACGGAACAGUUAUUGGGUACGUGGAUGUUCGGUAAAGAGCUGUGCUUAGUUUGGUUAUGUGCUGACUAUUUUCUUUCAUCGGCAUCUGUGUUCAAUAUGACAUUCAUUUGUAUCGACAGAUAUCUGAAUAUCGUUCACCCUUUGUCUUAUCCAGCUAGCAGGACACCGAAACGGAUUAUUGCCAUGAUUGUAGCGGCGUGGGUUCUAGGAUUGCUCGCCGAGUUACCAGCCACGCUUUUAUGGGAACCGAUCGGACAAAAGAGUGUGAUCAACUACACGCAUACAUGUGACGUUGAAUGGGUUGCCAAUGUUUACUACACCGUUCUCAGUACGGUCCUGACUGUUUUCGUGCCGUUUAUCGUCAUGACGGUGCUGUACUCCCGAUUGUAUUGCGCCAUAAGACGGAGUUUACGCUGGAUUAGAAAACACUCUUUCGCCGGGUUCGAAAGCAGCGAAUCGAUAAAUCAGUACACACAGGUUAAUCACCACAAUGGCGAUGGCAUACCGCUCGAAUGUGCCGACUCAUUGCACAGCCACCACAGCACUAGCGGGUGGUCACUAGCGAGGUUAUUACUACAGAAUCCCGACAGUCACACAAAACGAAGGGGUAACAAGAAACAUCGUGUUUUAAAAGAUAAAAAAACUGCCAAAACUCUUGGGAUUUUAUUAGGAUUUUUUGCGUUCUCGUGGCUUCCCUGGCAAGUAGUGAGUAUCACAGACGCGGCGUGUGGGUAUUACUGUGUCCCUACACUUUUGUAUGACAUUUGCCUCUGGUUACAAUAUUCCAACUCUAUGAUUAACCCAUUCCUGUAUAUAUUUAGAGACGACAGCUUUCGCAUUGCUGUUUAUGGAAUUUUGACAAAAUGUUCUUUCACCAGUGGCAGGUAG